GAUCUCCUCGAUUUGUUGCCCCCAGAGCGGUACCAAAAUUUCUCGAAGAAGAAUAUAUACGCUUUGUUAUCUCGUCCGGUUCCGUUCGAUGGUGGAAAUAAGGAGGUGUGGCUUGACAGAAUCACCGGAAAGAUUUGCAUGUCGAUAUCAUCAAAGGCCAUGGCAAUAACUGGAAUCGACGAUAGAAGAUACUGGAAUUGGAUUCCUACUGAAGAGUCUCGGUUCAAUGUUGUGGCAUACCUGCAGCAAAUUUGGUGGUUUGAAGCUGAUGGGAUGGUGAAAUUUCAUUUUCCUGCUGACAUCUACACGCUGACCUUCAGGCUUCACCUUGGAAGAUUCUACAGACGGCUAGGCCGACGUGUAUGCAGCUUCGAGCAUACUCAUGGUUGGGAUGUAAAGCCUGUACGGUUUGAAUUCUCUACUUCUGAUGGACAGCAAGCAACACAUGAAUUCUGUUUAGACGAGCACGAACUACUUGAUGUAAAUGGAAACCGUAAGCGAGGAUGUUGGAUAGAAUACAAGGUAGGUGAAUUUUUCGUCAACGAGUCGGGUUCAGCCACAGAAAUUAGAUUUUCCAUGAAACAGAUCGACUGCACGCAUUCUAAAGGUGGCCUUUGUGUAGAUUCUGUAUUUAUUUUUCCCAGUAUCUUGAAAGAGCGUAAAAAAUAAGGAAUUCCGAAGUAGUCAACAGAAGAUGUUUCUGUAAUUCUUCUUAGUUACCUCAAAAGAUUUUAACAUGAGAAUUUACAGGUUAUACCAUUUUUAGGUUUUUCUUUUUAUAAAUAUUUCGGAGGUUGUCGUCGUGGUUUUCCCGAUAGGUAUGCGUUCUUUCGUUCUUGGUUAUGUAUAUUUUGUUGUCAUACAACUGAUCAGUUUUGUUUAAUUCUGUACAAUUAACUUGAGGCAGACAAGAUUUAGGCGGAUUUGACUGA